AGCAGGGGCCACUCUCUGGGCUGGCCUCUCUCAGGUUCCGGCCUGGACCUGCAGGAGGCCUGUGCAGGGGUCACGGGCAGCGAGCUAGGGGCUGCUUCUUCCCCUUUCCCGGGCAUGGGCUGGCCCCAGGGCAGCAGGGGGCUGAAGGACAUGACCGAUGCAGAGACUUGUGGCCCUCCUCAGCAGACCUCAGCGGGCACCGGACCCAGGCCCUAGCCCCAGACCUUCCAGGUCCAACCUGAACGUGGCCUUGGAGGAAUGCAUGACUGCCCUGGACCUCUUCCUCACCAACCAGUUCUCCGAGGCGCUCACCUACCUGCAGCCCAAAACCAAGGAAAGCAUGUACCACUCCCUGACCUACGCCACCAUCUUGGAGAUGCAGGCCAUGAUGACCUUCGACCCCCAGGACAUCCUGAACGCCUGCAACAUGAUGAAGGAGGCCCAGACCCUGUGCCAGAAGCAUCGAAAGAAACUGUCCGUUGCAGGCUCCUUCAGUAACCUCAUGCACCGUCCUACCCUAGACCAGUUCACCGAAGAAGAAAUCCAUGCGGAAGUGUGCUACGCCGAGUGCCUUCUGCAGAGGGCAGCGCUGACCUUCCUGCAGGAUGAGAACAUGGUGGGCUUCAUCAAAGGAGGCAUCCGAGUGCGGAACAGCUACCAGACGUACAAGGAACUAGACAGCCUCGUCCAGUCCUCCAACUACUUGAAGGGAGAAAACCACAGCCACUUUGAAGGAGGGGUGAAGCUUGGUGUGGGAGCCUUUAACUUGACACUGUCCAUGCUUCCUGCCAGGAUUCUACGGCUGCUGGAAUUCGUGGGGUUCUCUGGAAACAAGGAUUAUGGGCUGCUGCAGCUGGAGGAGGGGGCUUCCGUGCACAAUUUCCGGGCCGUGCUCUGUACCAUGCUGCUGCUCUGCUACCACACCUUCCUCAGCUUCGUCCUGGGCACGGGGAACGUCAACAUUGAAGAAGCUGAGAAGCUCCUCCAGCCUUACCUGAAACGCUACCCCAAAGGAGCCAUCUUCCUCUUCUUUGCUGGCCGGAUCGAAGCCAUCAAAGGCCACAUUGACACGGCCAUCCAGCGCUUUGAGGAAUGCUGUGAGGCCCAGCAGCACUGGAAGCAGUUCCACCAUAUGUGCUACUGGGAGCUCAUGUGGUGCUUCACCUACAAAUGCCAGUGGAAAAUGGCCUACUUCUACGCAGACCUGCUCAGCAAAGAGAACUCCUGGUCCAAGGCCACCUACAUCUACAUGAAAGCCGCCUACCUCAGCAUGUUCGCAGAGGGCGACUACAAGCCCUUCGGGGACGACGAGAUCGAGCUGUUCCGAGCCGUGCCGGGCCUGAAGCUCAAGAUCGCCGGCAAGUCGCUGCCCACCGAGAAGUUUGCUAUCCGGAAGUCUCGGCGGUACCAGAACCCGAACCCCACGCCGCUGCCCGUGCCGGCUCUGGAGAUGAUGUACAUCUGGAACGGCUACGCGGUGAUCGGGAAGCAGCACCAGCUGACGCAGGGCAUGCUGGAGAUCCUGCUGCAGGCCCAGGACACCCUGGAGAAGGCAGCAGCCAACGAGUUCUUGGUGGACGACCUGUGCGUGGUGAAGCUGCUGCAAGGCCUGUGUCUGAAGCACCUGGGCCGGGCCAUGGAGGCCGAGGACAACUUCCAGUUCAUCUACGCCAGUGAGAAGAAGAUCAAGUACGACCAUUACCUGAUCCCCAACGCGCUGCUGGAGAUCUCCCUGCUGUGCCUGGAGCAGGGCAGGACCGAGGAGGCCCUCAAGAACCUGGAAAUGGCCAAACAAAACUACAAGAACUAUUCCAUGGAGUCCAGGACUCACUUCCGGAUCCAGGCGGCCAUGCUUCAGGCCAGGGCCAACACCGAGGAUGGGAGCAGCACGGACAUGAGCAGCACCAACGUGUCGAGGGUACUCUAGCUGUGGGUCUUGGGGCCGGCCUGGGAUGACCAGAAAGAGAACAUUUCAGGACUAUCAGCCCCUCCCCCCGCCCUCCAGAACCAACCCCAGGAGGAAGCUGGGGGGUGUGGAGGCCCCCACCUGCCCGUACCCCCCUCCCGGCCCCGAGCCUGCAGUCACACACCUGGACUGGUCAUUGUUCUCCACUGUGAUGUUUAUCAGAAUAUUUAAAGUUUACAUUUUCCUUAGAAAUACAGUGGCCGGGUCAUGGGGUCCCUCAGAGGCCUGGCCCGCACGCUCUGCCUUGAAUCCAGAUUGCUCAGAAAUCUUGCUUCCUCGUCAUUGUCCGAGGCUGGAGAGGGAGACGCUUUCCAGGCUUCUGGUCUCCAUGUUCUGUAGCUAGACGUGGGUGCCUGUGGCUGGGGAUGGACAUCCCCCACAAGGUCCACCACGGUGCCCACUUGCUCACACCAUCUGUGGACUCUCACCUGGACUUGUCUCUGGGGAUCAGGGCCCAUGGGGCUUAGAGUAGAUGCUAGAAACCUUGAGGGGCCUCAAGGCGCUCUCCUUCAAAACUUCAGACUUGAACCCAAAGCCCCGGCGUCUGUCUCUACGAGCCUCGGGGCAGAGCAGCGAGGAGAAUCUCAGACUAAUAAAGGCAGGAUGGGCAUCUGUGGGCCCGAUGAGGACCAGCAGGCCAUCCUGCCCCGUCCUGGUCCUGGCACUGUGUUUAAAGCCAAAGGGGUUUAUGAAAGCAGCAAUCUUCUUCUUGACUUUGUUCCAAGACACCAAGUUUAUUUAAUAGCAGUGGGCUGUUUCCUUGGAAGUCAUGGUUCUCCAUGGCCUGUUCAGCGCAUUUGUGACUUUUCAUGGUUGAGAAAGAAGAUAUAUUUCAGUAAUAAAAACUCCCAUUUAAGAAAUAA